AUGCCGCGCACCACCAAACACGACCUAUCCGACGACGAACGACUCAGUCUGUACCAUGAACUGCUGGAGAACAAGCAGAACUGUCGUCUGGCGAGAGGAAAGGCCAAGCCGAUCCUUCUCCUGUUUGGCAUAUCGAGGCAAAAGUUGUCCAAGCGUCACAUCGUCAAGGUGAUGCUAUUGACCCCGGCGGAGCGUCCACGCUUUGAGUACGCACAAAAGACAAUGUGGGAUGGGAAGGUCGGCAUGUGGCCAUUUGUGGUCGAUGAUCUUGUUGCCGCCGUACAUGGCGCGUACAACGAACUGGACUGGUCGAUUCUGGAGAAGACGAUCAUGACGUUACAGCGCGUCAUGGAGGAGUCAUUGAAAAUGGGCGGUGACAACUCAUACAAGUUGCCACAUCAGAGCAAGGACAAAAUGGCAAGGGUGUGA